AUGGCCAAUGCGGAACCGAAGCGCAUCCCCGUCGAUGUCCCCGGCGCUGAAUGGGCGGGAGAACUAUUCUUCAGAUCUAGAGGGGCACCCGAACUGUAUGAUCCAGAAAACUCCUUCGACGAUGCCCAUCUGAUCGCUCUGGCGGAGCAAAAUGAUGUGAUGGCACCUUCGUUUACUGCUCCUUUUCGUCCAAAGAUUACUCCGAAAUCGGAUCGCGUCAUUGUCCUGGGGAAGAUGUCGUACGAAGAUACCAAUUGGCUUGAGGAGGAGCUACCAGAAUGGCAACACGCAGUCUACCUUGUCGAUGACCCCGAAGCAUCUUUGCAAGUGGAACAAAAUAAAGGAAAGGAAAGCAGUGCCUACCUACAAUACAUUCUAGAAAACUACGACAAAUUACCCGAGUACAUGGUGUUCCUCCACGCUCAUCAAUAUAGCGGCCACGUGGAAUUCUGGGAGCAGGACAAUGUGUUGACCGUCCAAAGACUGCAACUUGACUACCUCCGACAAGUUGGAUAUCUCAAUCUACGUUGCGACUGGAGUCCCGGGUGUCCCGAUGAGGUUCAGCCAUUCCGGCAAAUGGCUGGUCGCACUACCGAGCUUGCCUUUGCGGGUGCUUGGAUUCGUAUCUUUAACAACACGGAUGUGCCUGAGAUUGUUGCUACGCCUUGUUGUGCUCAGUUCGCCGUAACCAGGGAGCAGGUCAUCCAACGCCCACGGAGCGCCUAUGAGUCGUACCAUCAUUGGCUUAUGACAACCGAGUUAGAUGACGAGACGAGUGGCCGUGUCUUUGAGUACAUAUGGCACAUAAUUUUCGGGCAGGAUCCCGUGUUUUGUCCUGCAAAGGCACAGUGUUACAAGGAUGUAUAUGCUAUGGAUUAUGAGGAGCCAGCUCAGGAUUUCUUCGAUGAUGACUUCUGGGGCAAUUGGUAUGAUGAAAUGCCCGUGGAUGACCUGCUUUUAGAGGAAACGCCUGCGAACGAGAUAUGA